AUGGUCAAUUUAGAAGCCCCAAAAUCAAAGAGCAGCGACAACAUUAACGCUAAGUUAGGUUUAGUUAUUAAAUCUGGUAAGUACACCUUAGGAUACAAGUCCGCCGUCAAGUCUUUAAGAACCGGUAAGGCUAAGUUAAUCAUCAUUGCUGGUAACACCCCAGUCUUAAGAAAGUCUGAAUUGGAAUACUACGCUAUGUUGUCUAAGACCCAAGUUUACUACUUCCAAGGUGGUAACAACGAAUUAGGUACCGUUUGCGGUAAGUUAUUCAGAGUCGGUACUUUAGCUAUCUUAGAUGCUGGUGACUCCGAUAUCUUGUCUUCCAUCAACUAA